CUUUAAUAAUGAAACAUUUUCAUGUUUUUGAUGGCAUAAACUUUUUUGAGUGCGAUAUUUCCCGAUUCAAAAUUCAAAAUCAAAUUUUAAAUUUCACUAACCAGCAAAUAUCUAUCCCAUUUCGUCUCAUAGUCUCUCUUAGCUUCUUCUUCACUCGUCUUCUCAUCUGCGAUGUCUACUACCACCAGAGCCUCAAUCGCUCAAGAAGCAAGCGUCGAACGCAAAACUCCAGGACGAUUUCGAAGAUCUCGAUGUUUCCAGCGAUCUGAAAGGAAUCAUGUCGGCGUUGCAGCAAAUCAGAGAGAAAGCAGACGAGGAUGGCCGUAAGAAGAAAGAAGAAAGAAGAAAGCAUCUCCAGUGUUUCCACUGAGGUGAAGUCAAAGAUUGACGAGUUGAAGUCUAAACUCGAUAAAGAAAGACAGAACUUUGCCAAAGCACUUACAAAGAGUUCGAAGGAGUGUGAGAGUCUCUUGAAGGAAGAAGCAGCCAAGUUUGAGCAGAUUCAUCACAAGUUCAUGAAAGAAAAAGCUGAUAAUCUAGAGGGUCUGAAAGUCACAGUUUCCAAGUUUGAGGAGAACAAGGAGAGGCUCUACAUGCGAUAUGAGCAACUAAGGAAGAAGGAGAAGACAAUGAUAUCGGACCAUGAGAGGUUCUGCACCAAAAAACUUGCCCAAUUGGAAGAAUCGCUGAAGAAAAAGAAACGUGCUGACAAAACUUUCAGCAUAUUGAGGAAAACUCUCGGCUCUUUUCUGGAGAAUGAAGCUUCUGAUGAGGAGUUCCCCCACCUGAUGAGUGAAAGAUUAACGCCUCUUCACCUGACGCUUAAGAAAAAAAGGUUAAAAACCCUUUAACUUCGAUCAGCCGUAUAUUUUACCAACUAUACUAGAAAACACUCUUUUCUGAAGUAGUGUUUGAAGACUUUGAAUAUGAUAGGCAUGACCCUUGUUGUCUUCUGUUCUAUGUUGGAAGAUUCAAAUGAAAGAUUAAUUAAUCGUUAGCAGGAUCCACCACUAGUUAGCCAUCUAACCUUUUACAAUGUUAGGUUGAUGUUGAGUCAUAAAAUGAGUACACGUGUUAGUGACAUUAAAUACUUUUGUCGGGUAUCCUCAAUUAUUGGUCUUUUUUUGGUCAAUAAUUAUUGAUAGUCUCAGAUGAAAGAUUAAUUGCUUAUAGCAAGGUCUUUAAUAACUCAAAACACUAUCACUUUCUGUCCAAAUUUCUUCACAUUCUCCUCACAUAUCAAACACUAGCCAUUUUCUACAACUGAUAUGGGUAACAUGUGGGGGAUCUUUAAGCCAAGUCAUGGAGCAUCUAAGCCCCAGAUAUUGCCUAUUCACGAUCACAUCUUAAAACCUUCAUCGUUUUCAGUUGAUUGCACUGGUUGCUCUGAAACUAAGAAUGAUGCAGACGGGUACUUUUGCUUUGAGUGCAACUUCUAUGUCCACAAGGAAUGUGCGGAGUCGCCCUUAGAGAUCAACCACCGUUCUCAUUCACACCCUCUCAAGCUCCGCUGGUGCGGGCCACCUGGUUAUAGUGAUAAACGUUGUUGUUUGUGUGGAGAAACCCUUGGGCUUUUGGUUUACCAUUGUUCCACUUGUAACUUUAGUUUAGACACAGCUUGCGCGAGGAAGCACGAGAUUCCAAGCAUUGACUACCCCAAAGCACAUGAGCAUAGGCUUCACCUCUUGGCCAAGCGCGUUUCCUUUCCGUGUGCUUGUGGUGAAGACGUCCCUGGAGCUCCUUACGUGUGUCACCAAUGCAACUUCAUGAUCCAUAGAGACUGUCUUUUGCUACCGCGUGUGAUAUACAUCACACGCCACAAGCACCGGAUUUCUCGAAGGUACUUCAUUGGCCCUGGUAAGUUUUCUUGUAAAGUUUGUCGUCUUGAGUUGGAUUGCAUGUGUGGAGGAUACCGAUGCUCCACUUGCCCUGAUUAUGUCGUCCAUCUGAGAUGUGCAACAAGAGAUGAUGUGUGGGAUGGAAUAGAUCAUUAUGGCAAACCAGAAGAAGAAGAGGAGAUCGAAAAGCCAUCGGAAGUGGUAGAUGACAAUUUAAUUAAGCAUUUCAGUCAUGAACAUUAUCUCAAAUUCAACGAAGGUGGUCUUGUUUGUCAUGAAGCUACCCACUGCAGUGCUUGCGCUCUACCGGUCUAUUAUUAUCCAUACUACAAAUGUUCGGUUUGUGAUUUCGUUCUUCACAAGACCUGCGCUGGUCUCGCCCGGAAGUUAAGACAUGAGCUUCACAAACACACACUUACUCUACGACCAAACACUAAUCCAGAUGAAGAGCAUAGGUACAACUUAUUCAACUGCACUGCAUGUCAGCAGCUCUGCAGUGGCUUCAAGUACGUAUGUAGCAAAUCUUGCGAUGUCCAGAUAGAUGUACGAUGUACUUCAGUUAAGGAGCCAUUCAAUCAUGGAAGCCAUCCGCAUCAUAAGUUAUACCUUACCUCCUCAGAAGCCAAGUUUUGUGGUGCUUGUGGAGUUAAAACAUCCACUGUAUUGAACUGCGUUGAUUGUCGCUUCGCUUUGGGAUAUGACUGCGCCACUUUGCCUAAUAAGGUGAAGCACAAAUGCGACAGACAUUUUCUCUCUGUCUGCUACGGAGAAGAGGCGAGUGGGAAGUACUGGUGCGAGGCAUGCGAAGGAGAAGUCCAGCCGAGUAGAAGAUUCUAUACAUGUGAAGAUUGCAGCUCCACUCUUCAUAUCAAAUGCGUGAUUGGGGAAUUCACAUUCUGGAGGCCAGGAACUAUGGCCAUAUCACGUUUCGAAGCCGAAGUUAUUCCCAAUGAUUUUCCAUCUCGGCCGUAUUGUUGUAUGUGCCAGCUCCGUUGCGAAGACACAACAGGUAUCAUAUAUAUAUCAGGGAAGUAUAUAUGUUCCUCUACGUGUUUAAAAAAAUUUGUUGGCCGCAACAUUACACAUUCCAAGUCGCCGAGUCUAGAGCAGAUGUUGUCCGAGAUAAGUUAUAUUUUUGGAUUUGUAACGUAGCUAGAAGAUUCUGUAUUGUGUUUUCUUUAAAUGAACUUUGUCUAAGAAGAAAUGAUUGAUAUUUCAAAGUAAUUUUGUUAGCUAAA